UUACAGGGCGUGUUACGACAUCACAGUACUCAGUUGGUCUUGCCAGUGGACUCGACAUUUUCCUUGUUUAGGCGAGGUGAGGCGGAGGUUGUCAAAAUCAACAAAGGGUCACCUACAAAGUCAAGAAAAGUGACAGGAUCCACUUCGCUCGACCCAGGAUGGGGCCUGGGACCCUUUUCGUGGUUUGUGCGAUUGUCUCGACGUGUUUGGCUGAUGUGGAGCCAAAAAGGCACUCCCUGUACUAUGUGUACACAGUACUGUCACAGCCCGUCUCUGCUCCUGGCAUCUUUGAGUUCACUGCCAUGGGACUACUAGACGACAGGAAGAUUGACUACUACAACAGCGAGGACAAGGUCAAGAUUCCUGAACAGGAUUGGAUUAAGAGGGCAGUUCCUGCAGACUACUGGGAGAAGGGCACCGCAUCACGCAAGAGUAAAGAGCAGUGGUUCAAAGUCAACGUCAACAUCCUGAUGGAACGGAUGAGGCACAACUCAAGUGAUAUCCAUUCCUUGAUGUGGAGACAUGGCUGUGAGGCUGUCAAAAGGCCAGAUGGUUCUCUACAGUUUGUCAAGGGUGUUAAUGAAUACAGCUACGAUGGCAGAGAUUUCCUCUCCUUUGACGAUGAUUCGAUGCAGUGGGUGGCACCAGUCGUUGAAGCUCUACAGACCAAACGGAAGUGGGACGGACUGCCAAACCUGAACCAGUACACCAAGGGCUACCUGGAGAAGGAGUGUGUGGAGUGGCUGGACAAGUUCCAAAAAUAUGGAGACAGUAAAGUUACAGAAAGCCAAAAACAACAUCCCCCACAAAUUCAUCUUUUUGCCAAAAAUGGGAAACCUCAUGGUAGAUACCUGUUGACAUGCUUGGCCACAGGCUUCUACCCGAAGGACAUCAAGAUCAGCAUCAGCAUCCUGAAGAAUGAUUGGCCUGAGAAGGACGGCCACCCAAGCGAUGUCUUGCCUAACGGAGAUGGAACCCACCAGAUUAGAGUGACCUUCAUCGUGGAGAAAGACGAGAUACACAUGUAUAGAUGUUUGGUGAAUCACAGGACCCUGGACAACCCCAUUAUAGUGGAAUGGGAAACAGUUGGAGAAGUUUUGGAUGAAGAAGCCUCCUCAUAUGGCGGGGCAAUAGCUGUUGCAGUGCUGCUGCUGAUCAUUGCUGGUGUUGUGGUGUUCUUCAUUGGCAGAAAGAAAGGAUGGUUCUGUGCUCAAGGGAAGAAAAAAAGGAAAGAAGAAGAGGAGAAACGCAGCAAAUACAGAGCAUCAAGCUCCCCAGCUACCUCCACCCCUGCAACCCAGCCUGGUGACACAGCAGUAUCAAGUGGGCCUCCAGCUACCUCCACCCCUGCAACCCAGCCUGGUGACACAGCAGCAUCAAGUGGGCCUCCAGCUACCUCCACCCCUGCAACCCAGCCUGGUGACACAGCAGCAUCAAGUGGGCCUCCAGCUACCUCCACCCUUGCAACCCAGCCUGGUGACACAGCAGCAUCAAGUGGGCCUCCACUUACAGGUGUCAAUAUUGCACAGCGCCACAGUGGUCUGCAAGUUGCGACACGGGCAAGCAUGCUAAACGGGCAAGCUGGAGUUCCACUCCAAAGACAUCGUCAACUACCUGACGGCCGCCAGGAGGCAGAUGGAGCACAUAGUGGAGAAGUGCCGCGGCGCACUCAGCAUGUACAUGCAGCCCAGGCACCCCAGCCCACACAGGUGGCAGGGAUGCAUAGAGGGAGGCAACCUACGAGGGAGCGCCGACAGACGGACCAUCAUCGUCCACUGGCGAGGGAGUCUGCUGAGCGCCAGGAGCGGCUGGUUGGAGCCAUCCUGGACAGCAAUGCCAGGAGGAUGGACAGCAAUGCCAGGAGGAUGGACAGCAAUGCCAGGAUCCUGGACAGCAAUGCCAGGUUGAUGGACAGCUAUGCCAGGAGGAUGGACAGCUAUGCCAGGAUGAUGGACAGCAAUGCCAGGAUGAUGGACAGCUAUGCCAGGUUGAUGGACAGUAAUGGCAGGAUGAUGGCCAUGCAGUGGGAGAGUCUCCUGCAACCUGCACCAGCACCCAGGGAAGCAAGGGCGGGACAAAGGGGCCACUUGCCACGAGCCAGGCCUCCCCGUUAA